AUGGCCAACGUGAAUAGCGGAAAUUCUGGAUGUCGCGCUGUGGUUAUGGCGGGUAAAUACCUAUCAAAAACGUCCCCCCUGGGAAUGACAAAAGGUUUACAACCGAGGAAGAUUAGCUCUUCACGGCGUGCGUCAAGCUCCCACGCGUCUGGUGUGGCAGAAAAGCCAGUGGCUCAUCAUUUCUCCGCCUCGGCCAAAACCAACCUGAUAUACCGGGACGUCAAAGCUUUUCUCAGUCAAGUUGGUGGAGACCCCAGGGAAGCUCGGUACUGGCUCGGACAAUUUCAGAGAGCUGCUUCGGCCAAGUCUCCUUUUGCAGUUAUAGAGGUGGAAAGUUCAGUGUUUGACAGCAAGGAAAUGGUUCAAAGCUUAGCCUUUGGACUCUCAUUCCUACAGCGAAUGGACAUGAAGCCUCUAGUGGUGAUGGGCAUGUCCCAGUCUGACAAAAGCGAUGACACUCUUACAGAGGGGGACUUGCAGAGCUCCAGGAGACCGGUGGAGCAAAGUCAGCAGCUGACUGAGGCUCUGCAAGAGCAAUCAGCCUCUGUUUUACCAUUCUUCUCGGCUGAAGCAUUCCUAAAGCUACAUAAAGUUCCACAUGGCAGCAGUGCUCUACCAUCCCUCUCUGUUGAUACAAGCCUUCUCCAGUGGAGUCUCAACUGUGGGAUGAUUCCUCUGGUUUGCCCUGUGGGGAAGGAUGAGCAAGGCCGCUCUGUGAUCUUGGACUCGAUGGAAGUUACGGCAGCGAUUUCUCAUGCUUUGCAGCCCCACAAAGUUAUGUUCUUGACCAACAUGGGAGGGCUGCGGAACCAGGAAAAUGAGGUGUUAGGUACCGUGUCAUUACCUGGCGACCUGCCUCAUCUUUCCAUGGCACCAUGGCUAAGCGCGAAAGAGCGCCAUAGAGUGACUGGCAUAGCCAGACUGCUUAACUGCCUGCCGACUGAGUCCUCUGCAGUGAUCACCUCUGCUGACACACUGCUGACAGAGCUUUUCAGCCACAAAGGAUCUGGGUCACUAUUUAAAAACAGAGAGCCCAUACAUAGGUAUAAUUCCUUUGAUGAGAUUGAUGCAGAUCGCCUUUUGGCUCUCAUCAACAAAACUUUCAAUAAAACACUGAAGCGAGAUUACAUUGACUCUCUCAAAGGGCGGCUGCAUUCGGUCUAUCUAUCUGAAGGCUACACAGCUGCAGCCAUUGUCACUAUGGAAGUGGCGAAUACGCCAUACCUUGAUAAACUGGUGGUUAGCACAACAGAGCAAGGCCAGGGCACUGGCCACCUCAUGUGGGAGUGUAUGAGACAAGAUCUGGGUAAACUCUUCUGGAGGUCCAAAACCAACAACAAAAUUAAUCCCUGGUAUUACAAACAUUGUGAAGGGAGCUUUGCUAAUGGGGAAUGGAUCGUCUUCUGGAGUGGCCUUACAGACAUUCGAGAGUCAUACGAGCUUGUGGAGUAUGCUAAGAAUCUGCCCGACUCUUUCUGUGCUUCUCCUCUAACACCAACCCAGAAUCUGAAAGCAUCAUGAAACUCAGUGCCUUGA